GACUAGUCAGUCGUGGAAGCGUCAUUAGAAGCGACGCUUGCAACGUCCAGUCGACUGCGCGCCGCGACGUAUCAUACGCGCGUUUUUUGUUGUUAACAACAUUGCACAGCAACCAGGACAAUUCGUUGAUUUUUUAUUGAUUUUCGUUGGGAAAUUGCAAAAUUUGAUGAUCGUGUUUGUGUUUGUUUUUCGAGGUGAAGGAAUUUUUAUAAAUCUUGAAUGAUAUCUGGUGAUUAAUUGAAGCAGUCAUUGUCAUUGCUGAAUAUUUCACCUGCUGGGGUCCUCAAUUAGCAAGAUUCGCAAUGCUUCUAUUAGUUUACCUAGCCGCCCUCAAUUUAGCACUAGCUGCGCUGCCUUCUAUGAGAGACAGUUUGACAAAUCCUGUCCACGUCUACGAAGGAGAAGACGCCCUUAUUACUUGCGUUGUAAGAAAUGUGGGUUCGAAUACGGUGAUGUGGAAAAAGGAAGAUAGAGAAAGACAUAGUACGAGAGUGUUGACAGCCGGUGAAAAUAGGGUUACUGCCGAUAAGAGAUUCGGGGUUUUGCAUGAUGCAGAUCCUCCUUCUAGUACAAGAGACGGGAGUGAUGUACAAUCUGGAGGUGACGUAUGGGUGCUGGUUAUUGAAGAUUCGAAGCCAACUGAUUCGGGGGUAUACGUUUGUGAAGUAAAUAGUAGUCCAAUUGUGAGGAGUUUCCAUAAAUUGAGCGUUUUAUCUAAAUCAAUGCUACCGCCAAAUUAUACUACAACCGAUUCGUCUAGUUCUUCGGAGGAUCAGAAACAAAUAAGUAGUAGAAAUCACAAUUACACCGAUUGUUGUGUUGCUAAAAAUGUAUCUACCGUGUGUUUAGGAUUCUGUAAUAUCCAAAGUAUUUUGGAAGAUUAUUUCGCAGGAACGACAGGACAAGACCCCGAACAAUGCGAAUCGGAUUUUCCUUCGAUAGUUAGUUGUAUGGCCGAUGGAAGGAAUCACGUACCUUGUUGUAUUCAAGAAAGAGUUCCGGAUAUAUGUCAGGACGUGUGUAGAGGAGAAUACACGGCAAUUACCGAUAACAUCAAGACGCAUUUUUCAUGUUCCUCUUACACUGAACAAACUUUAGCUUGCAUCGUCGAAGGAAUAGAGUUAUUACCAAGCCCGCCACAAGACGUGGAAGUAGAAGCUUUGACAGAAAGAUCUUUGCGAGUGUCUUGGUCUGAACCAAUCGCCAAUACGGAAACGAUAACCGAAUUCUCAGUAAACGUAACAUCUUUAAAAAGCUUCGAUUUAAGAAAUAUAGAUGAAGAAAACAAUAAUAAUCCCGUCUAUACACAAAGUGUUUUAGUAAAAGUACCCGGUACACAACGUAGUACGAUAUUACAAGAUUUAAUACAUUUCACAAUGUAUGAAAUAACUGUAACUGCCAUCAAUCGACACGGUUCAAGUUUACCAAGUUACAGUAUCCGAACGUUAACUUUAACACCAGGAAGUACGAAACAACCGAUAGCUUCUCAACCACCGCAACUACCCGAUAUAAAAAGCUGUUGCGUUAAUAAAGGCAUCGUCCAUAAUACUUGUAUGACUAAAUUGUGCGAUCCCAUUAUGGCUUCCUCGGUCGAAAUAACCGAUCUAAUGAUAUGCGCCCCGUGGGCGGCGGAUACAUUCGGAUGUUUAUCCAACGGUAUGGAUCAUACCCCUUGUUGCAGAGCGAGAGGAUUACCGGAUAUUUGUCAACAGUUGUGUACAGGAAACGUAUCUAUUAUAGAUUUCAAUUAUUUCAAAUGUCUCCGUUAUAUGAGCGAAUAUACUAAUUGUCUCCUUCAAGGAUACGGUGUCCUUCCCAGCUCCCCGACACAUUUCCGGGUAACGAACAUUGAAACGGAAUUCGCUAUCCUGCAUUGGUCGCUUCCUAAAACUCUCGGAGAUACUGUUCAGUAUUAUAACGUCUUCGUACGUAAAAUAGACGAUGAAACUAACGACUACAAAAUUAUAAGGAAAGUACAUAGUCCUUAUAUACUGGAAAAUUUGGAAAGCGAAACCGAUUACGAAGUUUACGUAGUAGCUGUUAAUUCGCAUGGAGUUGGUAUGCCUAGCGGGAUAUUGACUUUUAGAACUGGAAGCAAGUUAAUCGAAGAAAAGAUCGAAGAAUCGUUGACCUACAAUGUAACGGCGUGUUGUGUAGAAGCUCAAAUUAAUUCUGUAUGUUUUCCUCUAUGCUCAUACGACGCAAACAUGACGGAUAUCAAAGCGCUAGCAGGCGUUUGCAAAGGAGAAUUCCAGAAAAUAAUAAAAUGCGCCGCUGGUGGUAGAAAUCACGCUACGUGUUGUCAUAGACGUGGAGUUCCGUCUGGAUGUUUACCAGUUUGUAACGGAGUUCUAUUAAAUUCCUUCGCUUCGGCUACAACAAGCUGUGUACCUUACAUAGGUAACAUUGUUCAAUGUUUCGAAGAAGGUGCCGGGAAACUACCGGGUCCGAUAUCGGGACUUCACGGUGUUGUUGUCGACGAACAUACUCUUCUACUAGAAUGGAAUGCUCCGGAUAAUUCGACAAAUGUAACGGAUUAUAUAGUUUAUUAUCAGAAAGUUGAUAAUACAUCUAUGUAUGAGACUCUUUCUAAAUUGGAUAAGAGCUUAAAUACGUCUCUAACUACUGCAACUUUGACUGGUUUAGAAGAGAAUCAAAUGUACCAUGUAUUCGUGGUAGCCAAAAAUGAAGAAGGCACUUCGUUACCAUCUUCCAUUAUUGUUAUAAAGAUGACUAAAACUGAUGAUUCGAAAUGGGUGAACGGAGUUACGUCUCCGCCUCAUUCGUUAGCAGUUGCUAGUCACAGCGCCACGUGGGUUACGAUCACUUGGCAACCACCAGAAUUCAGUCACCCUUCUGAUUUGAUCACAUAUAGAGUUUUCCAUAAAUCGACAACUGAAGAAAGUUUCCACGUUAAAAAUGUAUCAGUUACAUCGUAUAUGAUCAAUAGCUUGAAUCCGAACACUCAGUAUAUCGUUUAUAUUCAAGCAGUAUCCGAUAAAGGAGUUAGCAUGCCCUCGGAGACUCUGAUAGCUUGGACUGAUCCCGCUUAUCCGGCUUUUGUUGAACCUCCCACGGUACAUCCUAUAAAUCUAGUGAUAGAAGGUAGUAGCAUGACGAUACUUUGCAUAGCUAUGGGUACUCCGAUGCCUACGAUUUCCUUGUAUAUUUCCGGAAGAUUGGUGAGACAGGAGACUACACGUCAUAUGGUAACAGUCAUACAUAACGUCACUAAAGACAUGGACCAAAUAUCUUGUUACGCGGAUAACGGUUACGGUACUCCUAUGCAGGCGUCAAGAAAAAUCAUAAUAAGUCACGGUCCUCAUAUUCAAGCUAGCGGUAUAACUAUGACUACUUUAGGGGAUUCUGUAACGCUGGAAUGUAAAGUGGAAGCCCAACCGGAACCAAAGAUGAUUUUUUGGAGGAACCACGAGGACCGCACCCCAGUUAUCCAAGGUGGUAAAUACGAUAUAUCUACCAAACAAAUUAGAGACGAAGACGAUAAAUAUUUAAUGCAACUCACCAUAAAACAAAUCACUGAUUCUGAUGUCGGCGAUUAUUACUGUCACGCCGAAAACGCUUUCGGUAGUUCGACUCAACCGGUAUCAGUAAGAAUAAGAAAUUUAGCUUCGAUCAAUAACUUAACGCAAUGUUGUAUCGAACAAAACGUCACUAGUACUUGCAUGGACGCUUGUUCGUUUUAUUUAGAUAUAGACGCCGUUAUCGAUAGGCUGGAAUGUAUACAGGAUUUCGGGAAAUUGAUGAAAUGCGCCAGCGACGGAUCUGAUCACAGGAAUUGUUGUGCUCAACGUAACGUUUCGAGAAGGUGUUUGGAUUGGUGUAGAGGAGAAUCGGUAUUGAAUAACAAAGCUUGUAUUUUGACGCAUACCAAGCAGAUCAUCAGUUGUUUCCACGAAGGAAGGGAUAAACUACCCGGACCUCCACAGAACGUCCACGUCGAUUUUAUAGAUUCGCAUACGGUUAGUAUAAACUGGGAUCCACCGACGAAAAAUCCGAACACAGUCGAAUUAUACAGGGUGAUGGUGAAAGCGACUGAAUCGCAGAGUAAAGAAAAUUUUAAAGAAGACACUGCAUUAACAAAUAUCAAAAUUCAAGAUCUAAAAGCUGGUGCUACGUAUUCGGUGGUGGUAAAAGCCGGAAACAGUAGAGGUACUUCGGUUUUAACGGAACCAUUGAGGUUUACCAUGAGCGAUAAAUAUAUAACUUCUGCCGCUAGUCAAGAAGGUCACGACGGUCACGUGGGUGUUAUAAUAGCCGUAGUUUUAGCUCUAAUAGUGGUAGCUGCGAUUUUUGCCGGCGCCGUUUGGUUCAUGAGAACGAGAAAAAUGUUGGGCAUCAAAAAUUCUAACGGCAUCGCUUUCGAAAAUCCUAGUUAUUUGAGAGAGGUCAAUAUGGAUCAUAUACAGGUUCCUCAAAGGGAAACGGAAACCACGCACCUGUCUAACGGUAACGCUAACGGUAUAUCUGUAUCGUCGUCAUCGGGUGAUGUAGGUUGGAAAAACGAAGUUUUACAAGUACCGGCUCAACAAGAAGUGAAUCCUACUCUAUACGAAGAGCUGAAAUUAGGACAAGACGGAGCGGGUUUCAAGAGAUUGAAACCCUAGUAUGAGGAUUCGGAAGAGCAAGGCGUAGAGUCUAGGUUCUAAAAGUUUCUCACAUAUUGUGAUAGUAAAUAGAUAAUUUGAAGGGAAAUUUCGAGGCAGUUAAUUGAUUGAUCGGGUGAAAGGGCGGUAAAGUUUCCGGGUAAUAACAACUGCCUUUGGAAAUUUCUUAUAUUUUAGGUAUUGUACAAGUUUCAUUUUUAAUAUUUUCACAAUACCUCAGUAGCGUAGUAUAACUGUUAGUUUGUUUUUCAUUAUAAAAAAAAAUGUGAUUUUUUAAUACCAAUAAGUUGUGGGACAACAAGAAAAAUUAGAUUAGGGAAAAGAAUAAGUUGUAGGUAGCUAGGUAUUAAAUAUUCGCACACAAGUUCGAGAUGUGGAUAACUAGAUUGCAAUAUUUUAUUACAAAAACCGCGAAAUUGGGGUUUUCAUAUACAGAACAAAAAAAAUUAGGAAAAAAAAAAUAAGAUAGCACCUUUUAAGAUAUUUUUGAUCCGAUUUAUUUCACUUUGAGAUCAUUUAAAUGUGAAAUAUUAGAAUACAAUUAUUUUUAUAUCACCAGCAAUCCAACAAAGUUUCUUCUCUUAUAUACAGGACGUCCCUCAAUCAAUUCUGUAAAUUCAAAAGGUACGAACCUUUAGAAAUUAGAAAUAACACGGAGUCAAAUCGGGUUACUGUGGAUGAUUUAUUAGACUGGUAUUUAACGAGAUAACUCACUUAAUCCUGAAGCCUUUAUAAUCUUUUCAGAUGUACCAUAUGCUUGAGUCUCUAUCCCACAGCGGUUUCCAUACUUUCCUAUCCUGUGUUUUUUGUUCAGCUCUUUCUCCGUCUACUUUUCGUUUUAUUCUUCCGUAUUAAUCGUUUUUCUUCCAUUGUCAUAACAUAACUAAAUAAUUUUAAUUGUCCUUCGCCGAUUUUGUUUCAAAUUCAAAUUUCCUUUUAUAACGCUAUUCCUUAUCUCGUCGUAUCUUGAUUUAUCAACUAUUUUUCUUAUAAAUCUCAAUUCUUUACUUUGUAUUUCGAUUUUUUCUUUGUGAGUGUCCAUGUCUCUUCCUUUUUGGACAGAAACUGUGUUUUAAUUGCAUUGAAUAAUCUUCCAGCUGCUCCUGUUCCCUUACUUAUCUCUUGCUGCAAUAUUUCAAGGUAUUUCAAGUUUUUGAUCUGCUCUAUAUUUGAUUCUUUUAAUUUUAUCAUAUGCUUCGUAUUCGUUCACGAAACUUAUCAAGUCAAAAAUAAGUUAUUUGGAGUUAAUAUGACCAAGUCACUGAUAAGAAUGGUUCCAAGUACCGAAUAAAUUGAUCAAGUCUUAUAUUUACAACAUCUUGUCAUAAUAAACGACGAAAAAAUUGAUAUAGUAGAGAGAGAUAUUGCUCAAAAUAUUCCACCGUUGUAAACAACCCUGAAAAGAAAGCAGAAAACAAAGUCUUCCCCAAGAAUUUCAUCUGAUGAGAACCUAUGGUACAAGAAUCGGUCAAGCAUGGAAAUGAUUUGGAAUUUACUCAGUUUUUAUGAUAAACUUUUAUUGAGUAACAACGAGUUUAUCUUACAAAUCUACGGGCCAUUAGUCUUUUUAUUUUAGUUCCAUCUUCAACAAAGUGUUGAUUAUUUGCUUGAACAUCGGCAGCCAAGACAAACGAUAAACUAUAAAGAAAACAAAAAUAGAAAACGGGGAAUAAUCCACGUCAAAAAAGGAUUUUGAAGCGCUAAAAGCGAUGGCCAUAACCAUAAUCCAAAGGAUUGAAAGGGUUGAUGAUGAUGACGAUGAUGAUGAUGAUGAUGACAUUAGUUUGCGUUAAUUCUAAUAACAGAGAGUUUUGGAUUGAAAUACUUGAAUUGCUUGUUUGAAGACUCUUUCAAUCUCUUUUCCAUAUGUCCAUAGAAAACUUAAGGACAAUCGCUAUUAUUUGUGGUACACGUAAUCUGAUUUGAUUUAUCUGUUUCCAUUUUUUUGAGCCAGGAUUCCAGAAGUAUUAUGUGGUUUUGAAGAUAAUCUGAUGCUCAAAUUGGAUUUUUAUUUAAUGAAAUAACUGUUGUAUCGUCUGCAAACGGAGGAGGAGGAGUUGAGCAAGUCAUAUUGUUUUGUUAACUUUUAUUUGUAAGCCCCCAAUAACUUUUUUAUAGAAAACAUAAAAUAUACAAUAAGGAACUAAAUUAGAUCGUAAAUUUUUCGGUUCUACUGUCACAUUUAUAUGAUCUUUUUCUUUAAAUAUUACGUGAAAAAUACCAAAAAAAAUGGAAUGUAAUAAUAGUCGACUAAUCGUGAGGAAUUAUUUGUGUACUGAUAUUAAUAUAUUAAGUACAUUUAAAUGUGCCUUGAAAAAUUAUUGUUAAUGAAACUAUCGAUUCCAUGUGUAGAAAUUUAUAUCAUUUUCGUUUGUACAUAAUUUCUAACAAUUUGUAAAAUAUAUUUAGUGUCAUAGUAAUAAAAUUUAUCACAACCAAA